GGGGCGGCAGUCGGCGGCGCCCCUUCUUCAGGUGUUGCGGCGGUUCCACGUCGCCUGGCGGUCCGCAGCUUCCGUGAGCCCGGGCUGCCCCCAGAGUACGGAGCGCCGGCCCUUCGGCUUCCACGCGGCCAUGGCGGGUCCGGGCCCGGGCCAGGGGGACCCGGACGAACAGUACGAUUUCCUGUUCAAGCUGGUGCUGGUGGGCGACGCGAGCGUGGGCAAGACGUGCGUGGUGCAGCGCUUCAAGACGGGCGCCUUCUCCGAGCGUCAGGGCAGCACCAUCGGCGUCGACUUCACCAUGAAGACGCUGGAGGUCCAGGGCAAGCGUGUCAAGCUGCAGAUCUGGGACACAGCUGGCCAGGAGCGAUUCCGCACCAUCACCCAGAGCUACUACCGCAGCGCCAACGGGGCCAUCCUCGCUUACGACAUCACCAAGAGGAGCUCCUUUCUGUCAGUGCCUCAUUGGAUCGAGGACGUGAGGAAGUAUGCGGGCUCCAACAUUGUGCAGCUGCUGAUUGGGAAUAAGUCGGACCUCGGCGAGCUCCGGGAGGUCCCGCUGGCCGAGGCGCGGAGCCUGGCAGAGCGCUACGACAUCCUGUGUGCCAUCGAGACGUCAGCCAAGGACUCGAGCAACGUGGAGGAAGCCUUCGUGCGGGUGGCCACGGAGUUGGUCGUGCGGCAUGGUGGUCCCCUGCUCAGUGAGAAGGGCACCGACCACAUCCAGCUGGACAGCAAGGACGUCGGAGAGAGCUGGGGCUGCGGCUGCUGACCAGGGUGCAGGGCAGGCAGGCAGGGGCCUCCCCCCUCCUCCCUCCCUCCCUCUCUUUCUCUCUUUCUCUCUUUCUCUCUGGCCUGCCAGGCCCACCCCUCCGGAGCUGGCCCUCCAUAGCGCCAGCAGCUGGAUAAAGCCCUGGAAUUCUCCAUGCUGUGGCCUGGGCGCUUGAUGGGAAAGCUACCCUCAAGAAAGGAAGACACGGGAUGCCUUCUGAGGGAGACCCGUUGGCCUGUGGGGUGUGAGGCCCCUCCUGCCAGCCAGUGGCUGCCCUCUCUGUGUUCCUCACAGUCCAGGACUGGCCGGUGCCUGCCGGUGUGGAUCCCAGCAGGACAGGGGCCCCACACGUCCUGUUUCUGACCAUUUCACACCUUGAGUCUUGCUGUAGCUGCGCCAGCAGAUUGCCACCUCCCAGGGAUGUGGCUGGCGCCUUGGGUUCUUCCGGGUCACCCCAGGGCCUUUGUACAUUGCCUCAGAGCAAAAGCAAGCUGCCCAGCAGACCCGGUUGCUGAGCACCGUCCCAGGAAAGCCCCAGCUCCUUCAGGCCAGGAGCUGCCUUCCUUCCUUCACUGCAAGCCCGAAGCUCAUGGGUAGCUGGGGGCUUGGCCUUCCACCUUCGAAAGACCUCUCGUGUUCUGGUUUUCCAUGUUGCUUCUUGUUUUCAUCAGCACGAGGAUGGGGUCGUGGCCCACAGCUGAGUGGGGACCGUUUGCUGGCCUGGGGCCCAAAGGUUGGCCACUCAGGUUGCGACACCAGCUGAUUCCUUCAGCACCGACUCUUUGAACUUGGGGGUUGGGGGAAUGAGGUGGAAAGGUGGACGUUUGGGGGAACAGUAAACGCUGGCCUCCCUGAGGCUAUAGUCCGAGAGGGACCCUUAGGGCUCCUGGUCUUAACUGUGCCACCGCUCCCUCCUUAAGUCUAGCUUCUGGUUUCUCCAACCAAAGGGCAAGGCCCCACAGCCCUGGGUCCAGCUGUUUUAGCCUCCUGGGCCCAUGUGUGCAGGGUGCUUAGAAGGUGAGUGGGGGCUGGGGUCACUGGGGCUCUCGGAUGCACAUGCGGGGGGUAGCUCAGGGUCACAGGGAUUGAGCUUGGGGAGGUGGGUGGUCUUCCCAUACCCCUGGGACUCUCUGUAUCAGCCCAGUCUAGCCCCUUGGGCCCCAAGAAAUAAACUGCUGUCAGAGCCAUGGGCAAGGUUAUACCAAGGAGAUGCAGCUCAGCGCCUUGCAGAGCCCAGACAGUGGGAGCACCGCCUGACUUCCCUUGCCUUCCUCUCUCUGCACUUUGGUCUGUGCCCCUCGCCCUUCCUGGUCCCCCUUCUCCUAGGCAGGCCUGACCACAGAGUGAGAAGCCCAGCGUUCCAUGGCCUUGGGCAUGGGAGGUCUGUGGCCAAGACUGAGACCAGCAGGGCUAGUGAGUCCCUUUCAGGCGGGAUGUCUGGGCCUGGUUCUGGAGGAGACGGAUGUUGGCCUGGUCGGGCCAGCAGCUACUGAUCAGGGACGCGUGCUGAGGGCAGUUACUGCCCACUGGUGGGUGGAAGAGCUAAGAGCAGGAAAGCCACUCAGCUUCCUCCCUCAGUGGCCUUGCCAGUGGGAUGAGGUAAGUGGCGCCCAGGGCCCAGCUGCCGCAGGAGAGCUGGUGUCUGCCGGGCCCCUCCCUUGCAGUGCCAGGGCUCCACUUCCCAAGUAGCAAGUACCUGUCCUGGAGAUACCUUCAGGCCGAGGGCAGAGGUCCUGCAGCCCCAGGACUAAGGGCUGAUGUUGGGGCAGAUAUAGGCAGUGGACCAGGGCCCAGUCUCAUGAAGCCUGACCUUACGAGGCCUGCUGCUUUGGGGGGCCAGAGGCAAGGCCUGGGCCUGGGCCCCAUGAUCAACUUACACCCACAGUUCCUGCUGAGCCCAGGGGCAACCCCUACCCAGUGUUACCCGCUUCUCCCGUCUGCCUCAGGGCUGGGAUGGCUUCGGGAAAGUGGGAAGACCUUUCCUCCCUUCUCUGUGAGCCAUCGCCCUCCUCCUCUCGACCCCAGGGUUGGAGACCUGAAGGUUUGCAAGGGCCUGGCCACGAGGGGUCAGGGAGCAGCGGGCCCAGCCUAGACCUGGGAGGCUGGCAGUCUUGGCUCACCCAACAACGGUUCCCGGCCUCCCUCCUGUCUCCCUUCACCUUCCAUAGUCCCAAGGUGUUUGAAACACUGGGCUGAUUGGUCUCCGGCCAUCUCCAUCCUGCAGGCCCCACAGCCAAUAGGCGCUAGCCUAGACAUCCCGGGCUUGCCUUCGGUCCCUCCCUCCCUCUCCUCACCCCUAUACUUCCCUCACCUCCCUACUGCCCCCACCCCUCUACUCUGGACAGGCCCCGGCUCCCCUGCACAUCUCAUGGACCUCUGUGGUCCCUGGGCUUCUGGCUUGUGCAUCCUAAGCUGGCCUCGUGCUGCAGUCAGAGUGGCAUUUGUAGAAGGUCACAAUGGAUCCUGCUGCCCCUCCCCCUUCCAGGGUGCCUGGGGCCUUUUGGGUAUAGUCUAUACCCAUCCACAUGUCCAAGGCCUCCACCACUGUGCCCUGGCUUCCCCCUCAUCCCCCAGGAGUGCCCUCCGUGCAGGCUGCCCCCUUCCUGCCUUCCUCGCACUUACCCAGCCUUUUUGUUCAUGUCAUUGAGAGCCCCAUGAAUGACCCACCUGGGCACACCUCUGGGAGCAGGCCCCACCCCAAGCUAGUCCUCUGCUCGAGGUACCCCUCUGGCAAGAAUGAGUUCCUCCCUCACCCCCCUUUCCUGGGCAGAAGCCAUUUCCUGCAGGCUCAAACAGAAACUUCCCUGGCUUCCAUCAUGGACACACAGGCUAGUGCUCAGGACCCCACGCUGGUGUGGUGUGGUGUCGCCUGCAUGCCCUAUGGGCUUCUUGUAGUGACACAGCAGGCCAGGGCCUCAGUCUUCUGUCACACGGGGACCCAGAUGUGGGUGAGUGCAAAUGGGGAAGUUGUGUGAGAAAACACAACCUACCUCUUUUGCUCCUGCAGCAGCCCAGGGCUUUCUAGGGCUGGAGAACUGUCCCCUCUCUUCCUCUGUUUCUGAAUUACCCAGGAGCAUGGGGUCAGAGGCCAGGGUGCAGGAGAAGAGGCAGGGAUCAGAGGGUCAGGAAGUGUCCUAGCAGCCACGUGGCCCCUGGUGACAGGGCAGUCUGUGGCCUCAGUGGGGCUAGUGCAACAUGGCCUGUAGAAUAAGAAGGCUGGUGUUUUACACUUGCGGGAGGAGGAGCUGGGUGGCCUAGGGACACCGAUUAGUAGUCCCAAGCCAGAGGGUCUCCGGUCUUCCAGAAAAGGGUGAGUUCAAGGACACAGACCCCAGCAGGCAGGCAUGGAGCUAGAGGAAGCUUCUGGUUCAUAUUGAAUUCAGUUACUCUUCCCCAGGGGGGCUGCCAUUGGCUGGGGGGCCUCAGGGACCCGCUGAGCCCUGCUGGGCUGCAGGGAGGGCCUCCGCUAAGGCAAUGCCAUUUUGCAUUCGGGAAUUUUUCAUGUUACCUAUUUAUGAUACAUAAAUCUUUAUAGCAGAUCUAUUUUUUAAAACAUGGAAAAGUUGCCUUCAUGGAAACUUAGCAGAGCCAGAGUGUACACAUUCCUAAACCAUUAAACAGAUUUCUGCAAAGAG